GCAGCCUCCGCCAGUCAAGUCCUCAGAAGUACUUUGCCAUGGACGUAGACGAUGAAGAGAACAUGAGUUCCAGCAGCACUGAUGUUAAGGAAAACCGCAAUCGGGACAACGUGCCCCCCAGGGACAGCAGUGCACCCGGUCCUGGCGAGGGCACACAGCUCUCCAACGGGGGUAGCGGCAGCACCAGCCGGAAGCGGUCCCUGGAGGAGGGCAGCAAUGGCCACUCCAAGUACCGCCUGAAGAAGCGGAGGAAAACUCCUGGGCCUGUGCUGCCCAAGAACGCCUUGAUGCAGCUGAAUGAGAUCAAGCCUGGCUUACAGUACAUGCUGCUGUCUCAGACAGGGCCUGUGCACGCCCCGCUGUUUGUCAUGUCCGUGGAGGUGAAUGGCCAGGUGUUUGAGGGGUCUGGCCCCACAAAGAAGAAGGCAAAACUCCACGCUGCCGAGAAGGCCUUGAGGUCUUUUGUUCAGUUUCCUAAUGCCUCCGAGGCCCACCUGGCCAUGGGCAGGACCCUGACUGUGAACGCCGACUUCACGUCUGACCAGGCCGACUUCCCCGACACGCUCUUCAACGGCUUUGAGACGCCGGACAAGUCAGAGCCGCCCUUCUAUGUGGGUUCCAACGGAGAUGACUCUUUCAGCUCCAGUGGGGACCUCAGCCUGUCGGCGUCCCCAGUGCCUGCCAGCCUCGCCCAGCCCCCCCUGCCCAUCCCCCCUCCGUUCCCACCCCCGAGUGGGAAGAACCCCGUGAUGAUCUUGAAUGAGCUGCGCCCAGGGCUCAAAUACGACUUCCUCUCCGAGAGUGGGGAGAGCCACGCCAAGAGCUUCGUCAUGUCCGUGGUCGUGGACGGUCAGUUCUUCGAAGGCUCUGGGAGAAACAAGAAGCUCGCCAAGGCCCGGGCCGCCCAGUCUGCCCUGGCCACUAUCUUCAAUAUGCACUUGGACCAGACACCGUCUCGCCAGCCUGUCCCCAGCGAAGGGCUCCAGUUGCACUUGCCGCAGGUGUUGGCAGAUGCUGUCUCACGCCUGGUGCUGGGUAAGUUUGGUGACCUGACAGAAAACUUCUCCUCACCUCACGCACGCAGGAAAGUGCUUGCUGGAGUGGUCAUGACCACAGGCACAGACGUCAAAGACGCCAAAGUGAUAAGUGUUUCAACAGGGACAAAGUGUAUCAACGGUGAAUACAUGAGUGACCGUGGCCUCGCGCUGAAUGACUGCCACGCAGAGAUAAUCUCCCGGCGGUCCCUGCUCAGGUUCCUCUAUGCACAACUUGACCUUUACUUAAAUAGCAAGGAUGAUCAGAAAAGGUCCAUCUUUCAGAAGUCGGAGCGAGGUGGAUUCCGCCUGAAGGACACCGUGCAGUUCCAUCUAUACAUCAGCACGUCACCAUGCGGGGACGCCAGAAUCUUCUCUCCCCACGAGCCAGUGCUAGAGGAGCCAGCAGACAGACAUCCAAAUCGUAAAGCAAGGGGACAACUACGGACCAAAAUUGAGUCUGGAGAGGGGACAAUCCCUGUGCGCUCCAACGCCAGCAUCCAGACCUGGGAUGGGGUGCUGCAGGGUGAAAGGCUGCUCACCAUGUCCUGUAGUGACAAGAUAGCUCGGAUGCCAGCCUUUGGAAGACUCACCCAAACCAUGCCCACACUGCCUCUGCUUGGCAUCAGCAAUGCCGAGGCUCGGCAGCCGGGGAAGGCGCCUAACUUCAGUGUCAACUGGACCGUGGGUGACUCCGCCAUUGAGGUCAUCAACGCCACAACUGGGAAGGACGAGCUGGGCCGGCCGUCACGCCUGUGUAAGCACGCGUUGUACUGUCGCUGGAUGCGUGUGCACGGCAAGGUCCCCCCAUACUUGCUCCGCACCAAGAUCCUGAAGCCCACCACCUACCACGAGUCGAAGCUGGCGGCAAAGGAGUACCAGGCUGCCAAAGCGCGCUUGCUUACGGCCUUCAUCAAAGCGGGGCUGGGCGCCUGGGUGGAGAAGCCCACGGAACAGGACCAGUUCUCUCUCACGCCCUGA